AUGUGGAAAAUAAAAUGUGAAAAUGUAUGCAAGGUUUUUGAUUGGUUGCUUCCGCAGGAAAUAUUAAGACAAGAAAUAAAAAAAGAUCACUCGAAAAGACGAGCUUUACUACAAGCACGAGCCGUAGUCACAGUAACGGUUUCUGCUUUUUUCGCACUAGUUACACAACUUUUUCUAGAUACGUAUUCAUCGUUAAGGUUUCAUGAGCAGUCAUCAUCGGAAAUUAUACGAGAGAUCACUGUUCUAUUGUUUACUUGGCAGGUCGCAUAUGAACAAGAGUUUGCUGUGAAUCAGGACAACAUGCAAAGAAGUUUAGAUGAGGCCAGAUCAGCGGCAACAGCAAAAUCAAUGUUCAUUUCGAAUGUUAGUCACGGUAAAAAUUACGAACGGUUAGUAAAGAAAUUAUUAUCCGUCAUUAAUUAUUGUUCAUGCUUGGUUUUGAGUUUUAAUAUUAUCUAUAAUACAUUUCAUGGGGUUGCCUUGCGAUUAAAGCCAUUACAUGGUAUAUUGGCAACGGUCGAAAUUCUCGGUAAAACAAAACUAAACGAAUCCCAACGCGCACUUCUGAACGCGAUCGAAAGCUGCGGGACGAACUUAAUUUCUGUCGUCAAUCAAGUAUUAACAUUUGCUAAAAUCGAACACGGGAAAAUUGAAUUGGAAAAUAAUGUUUUUGAUGUUUUUACGUUGAUACAAGAAAUCGGGGAUGGGUUAGCACCUAUACCGGAACGUAAAAGACUCGAUUUCAUUGUUUUUUCGAAAGUGAAUCCGUUGCAUCGGUUUAUGAUUGGAGAUGUGGGGUGUUUACGACAAAUAAUAUUAAAUCUUUUAGGAAAUGCGAUAAAAUUCACUGAUCGCGGAAAAAUUAAACUAAACAUAACAGAGCUAAGUCCAGACGACGAAUUAAACACGGGCGACGAACAACAGAAAAAAGAAGUUACCAAAAAACUAAAGGCUACUACUAGUGAUGGCAAAAAUAUAGAAGAUACUUGGGAGAAAGUAAGGAUUCGUAUAGAGGUUGCUGAUACUGGACGAGGAAUCGCUCCUGAUUUCUUGGCACACAUGUAUCAGCCAUUCUCGCAGGAGGAUUCAUCGUUACGACGAAAAUUCGAAGGCACAGGGUUAGGACUGAGUAUAGUAAAAGGUCUAUUGGACAUGAUGAAUAGUCGUCUCGAAGUAAAAUCCGACACCAAAGGCAGCAACUUUUCAUUCUGUCUCACCCUUCCAAUAUCUCCUACAUUCGAAGACAUGUGUGCUACCUCACUGCCAUUUUCGCACGAUCACCUAAAAAUAUCGGCACACAAACAAGAAGAGCUCAUUGCAAAGUUACGAUCUCUUUCGUUUGUCAUUCUGAAUCGUUCGAAUUUUUUGUUGUUGCAGCGAAUUACAGAGUAUUUCACCGAAUGGGAGCUCAAUUAUCGUCUUGUGGAAAAAGAAAAUAUGAAGAUCGAGUGCUCAAAAGAAAACUGUGAUAUUAUUAUACUGAAUGAUAAUAUAGCUGAUUUACAGUGGUUCUUGAACGAAUUCAAUACGCAGCAGCAACCUACUAUUACUGCCACCUCGAAUGGGAUCGCUAGUACUGCUGCUGCUAGAACUAAGCCAGUGACGGCUAUAGGUACCCCGAAUACUUCAUUAAGAGAAAGACAAGGACAGUUAACGUCGACGAAGACAGCAAUGCUACCUAAUCAAUGUGUAAUGAUCUUUUCUACAAUUGCAGAGUAUCAUAAAGCUGAAACUAUUUUGAAAAAGUUUAAGCCACGAUCAGCUGUGGUUGUAUCAAAGCCAGGAGGUCCAGUAAAAAUCUUUACUGCAGCCAUUAAAGCGAUGGAAUCAAUUUGUCCCCAAAGAACCGUAGCGACCACUUGUUCUUCACCUUCCGAUAGUAAUAACAUGAUACUUCGCACAACUGAUGAAAAACAAAACGAAUUAUUGGAACAGCCGUUCUCUUCGAGUAUUUUCGGUUCUGCUGCGAGGAGUACACCCAAUGUCUCGUCCCAAGAGAUCCAUGAGUUACAAUUUGAGGAGCAGCUUUUGCCUCCGCCGCUGAUUAAAGAUGAAGAACCGAUGCGAAAAAAAAAGCAAGAGGAAGGGGUAGUGGACAUUGUAGGCGAAGAAGGGGAUGAAAAAGUGAAAAAGAGUAAAAAAUUAUUGGAGGAAGGAGCGAAAGAAAAAACAGGCCAGGAUAAGUUCUCGUUUUUAGUGGUAGAGGACAACAAAGUAAAUGCCAUGAUCUUGACAACCAUGCUCAAACAAGCACACUACAAAAAUUACGAUCUAGCCAAUAAUGGACUCGAAGCUGUAGAGAAAUUUGCUCAAAAAGACUACGACAUAAUAUUUAUGGAUCUACAAAUGCCUAUUUGUGAUGGGAUUGAAGCCACAAAAGAGAUUCGCAAAAUAGAACGCGGAGAAUCAUCACAUCUCUUACUUCCAACACAUACAACGACAAUAGAACACCAACCACCCUCCGUUGCCGAAGCAUGCCAUGACAAUUUUCUUGGACGGACCCAGAUCACGCAAGCUGCAUCUACUAUGAAGCGACGAAAAAAAGCUAUUAUAAUUGCAAUGACGGGUCUUGCUUCACAGGAGGAUAGCAAUGUUGCGGAACAAGCUGGAUGUAAUGAAUUUUUGACCAAACCUGUUUCGAUAAAAACAUUACAUUCACGAAUGGAAGAAUGGACACGUGAAGCAUUGAAAAGACAACACGAAGAAGCAGCACAAGAAUCAGCAUUAUUAGAAGAAAAUCAAAAGGAAGCAUUGUCGCCAUCAUUGUUAUAUAGUAGUCAUGCGGAACAACAUCUACAAAACUUACUUAGAGCGGCAAGAAUGCAACCACUAUCAUCGGCUACUACAACACACGUGUCGAUACCAAAAGAACGUAAGUGGGAAGAGAAGUUCAAGGACGCCGGGGGAAGACGAAGUUCUCUAUCACUGGCCAAGACGAGGUCAACCAGUUACCCGGGGGUUGUCAAUACUUCACGUUAUUGUUCCGGUGACUGGAACGUAUUCUAG